AUAUAAUAAGCAAUCUCGUAGUGAAGUUUAUUUAGCAGCUCACGCAGUUUUGAUUUCUACGAAAUAGUAAGAUUUCGUCGACGACGUACGCAUGCGCCAGCCGAGAGCGGCAGAUUGUUUUGUUUGUUCCACAUGCAAGUUGGAGCUUGGAAUCCCUACAUUUGACAGAUUUACACUGAGCCAUCGAAAGCAGAGUUGCGUGAAGCGACACACGGAGUGGAAAAUACAAGUGGAUAGAGAGAAGAGGCUUGUACACACUUUGCAAUGGAUGCGCUAACGAAUGUAAAUAGUUCUUGUGACGGCAAGAAGUUUGCUGCUACUGAAGAAAACAUCAACGGUCAACAGCAACAACUGCAGCAGCGGCAGAAAAUGCAACAGCAACAACAGAGAACUAUCUACUUUAGUGAUGCAUCUGCAGAGAUGAACAAUGAUAAAGAAACUCAUGACUGUUCAUAUGACGGUACCGAAAAUCCCAAAUAUGAAGGUACUGAUCCCAGUAAAGUUUCUUACCAGAGUCAGUUUGAACAAUCAAAUCAAUGUUCAAACGCUGAGUUCGGCUCGUCUUCUGCAAAUCCUAUUUCAAAUCCAACUAAUUCUGUCUCUGUUAAUGACAACGGAAAUGCCAUUUGCUUGGAAAUGGCAGACCGGUCACUUGAUGAAGUUAAUAAUUAUGACAACAACAAAAACUUCUCUAUAAACGAUAGGAAAUACACUGAGACGGAAAUUCUGAAUGAAAAUUUUCAAACAAGAUAUGAAAAUACUGACUGCUCGACGUUUGGAAAAUCUUUGCAACAGGAUUCGAGGGAUGGUACCCAGGAGAAAGGGACAACUAAUGAACUCUUUCGCAAAACUAAUUCCACUGAUAAAAUGAAAAAAAGACAGGAUUGUACAGAAGAGAAAGCCACCGAGAAACUCAGGAAAAACAGCGAAUUUACGGACAACGAAUAUUUCAAUCGGAAACUCGAUUCGAAGAGAUACAGUGAAGAUAUCAGAAACUUUGUACCUUUUAACUCCCGUCCGUGUAUGAAAUGUACGGCAUGUUUCUCCGGUAAUAUUGCACUUUGCCCAAACAAACAGCCACGAAAGAGAGUUAUGUUACAAAUGACCAAGAAAGCUGAAGAGUUUAGCAAGACUAUGGUGGAAGAAGACGAAUGCUUUAUUAGCCCUCAACAAGAUUCAAGAUCGAUUUGUAAAGUAUCACCAGAAACUUCUGAGAAAACUAUCAAAAAGUCAAACGAAAUCAAACCCAUAUCCGCCGCAGAUUUUCAGUUGCGUCGAACUAAAGUCGAAAGCUUUGGAGCAAAAUCAAAGCGAUAUAAAAGUAUAGGUCAAUGUGAAUUUUGUGCCAUGCACUUGGAGAAAAUUUUGAAAACGGAACAAGAGAGCCACAAGAAAACAUUAAUGAAAUAUUCGGAUCCUAUUGAGAACAGAAUGAAUCCCUCGAGACAUACUAUAGACUUUACAAGCAAUCGUCGUAUUGAAGAUAUACCAACUCGUAAAUCAUAUUCAGAAGAGAAGGCAAACUACUACUCAAAAGUGAACCCUACUCUAGCGGAAGUAAGAUCUGUCCCUAAAAGCAGAAAUCGCAUCCACUUUUACUCUAAUGAUGAAGGAGCUGAUAAAACGGUCUAUCGCGGCACUUGUCGAGCGGUAGAGAUACCAGACACUCUCAUCCACUCAAAUAGGAACCGAGAAAGAACAAUUGAAGAAUUUAAAACAUUUUCAGCAGCGAUACCCGUUCGAAUUACGAAGAUGCCAUCGACGGACUCCAAUGAGCGAGUCUCAGUAGCGCGCAGUAAAGAUAAAGUACAUCAUACAGCACCUAGACGAGAUUCUCAGGGAGCUAAACCUAAACAUCAUCCGGAACAUAGAGAACGUUAUUCUAUUGGUAAAGUUGAAAUCCAAUCACCUACGGAAACCAUUAAUGUGGAAGAGAAAUCACUUUCUGCUCGGGUCCUUACACAUGAUUUACCUGCCGGAACUUACACUUCACCUUCGGAUCCAUCAGGGAUAGACAAUUUACUUUUAGAAGCAAAACCAUCGAACUACCUCUGGUUAGCUUUGUGUACAACCAUCUUUUUUAACCCUGUCUUUGGAAUUGUGGCGUUAAUCCUUUCAAUGCAAUCGGACACGGCGUUCGCCAAGAAACGCUACCAACAAGCCAAACGACUGGGCCGAGCAGUGAAGUACGUAGCACUAAUGGGUAUGGGUGCUACAGUGGGAGUAAUCGUCAUACUGACUGUGGAGUUUGGCAGUCCACAGAUCAACUGAUCACACACACACACACACACACACACACACACAUUAAAUACACAUGCACCAUCAUACAUA